AUGAAGCUCAUAGCCACAUUCGCAGUUCUAGCUUUAUUAGGCACUUAUAUACAAAUUUCUCAACAAAACUGACUGGAAGACACAAGUGCUGAUUUUGCUGAAUGAGUACAAAGCGGGAGGACUCGUACGGUAGACAUUAUUUUUGAGAUUAUUGGAGCCGUCAUGGGAUUUAUUUUUGUGAUUAUUAGUGGGAUUAUGUUCCUUAUGGGGAAACGUGAGGAAGGAAUGGUUGGAAUGGCAGCUGCACUCUUUGGGUCAGCGCUGUCCGGAACAUUGAAGAUGGCUUUGAUGCACCCAAGGCCUUUUUGGAAAUAUCCAAAAGUGCUAGGGAUUGAGUGUCCCAGAGACUUUGGAGCACCUUCAGGGCAUGCAUUAUCGACUGGAUGCGGACUUAUUGUGGUUGGUGUGAUUUGGCUAAGGUCUGGUGGACAGUUUACAAGGAAAAUAUUUAUCCUUCUGUUUUUGUUCAUACUCACUGCUUUUGAUAGAAUUUAUCUCGGAGUCCACUUUUAUUUCCAAGUUACCUUGGGAUAUUUAUUUGCAGCGUUAGUAUCAGCAAUUAUGCUUCAUCCAAAAUUUUGGAAACUUGUGCAUAGAUUUGGUUCAGAUAAAGCUACCAUAAAAUCAGUGUUUUUCUUUAUUUUAGCAUAUACAUUCGUAUCUUUAUCUUUGUAUAUGUUUGGAGGCUCAGGCUGGGACCCAGUAUGGAGUCAAAUUUAUCAAGAAAAAUGCAAUAGGACACUUCAGUUAAGUGAUGCCCUUAUUAAAAAUUUUUCAGAAGCUCUCCACGUGUGGCUUAUUUUCGGAUGUGUGAUAGGCUAUUAUUUUUUGAAGGAAAAAAAUGGUCCUCCAUUUAGCUAUCAAUUGCUGGCUUUAUCGUCGGUUCUACACAUUUCUGCAUGUGGAUUUGUAACUGCAUUGGAUUCAUGGAUGAUUAAGAAUAUGGGAGGAAUGUCAAGACUUAUAAGCUUGCUUGUUUUAAGACUAGUAGGAGGGAUUGUGUGCACUUAUUUUCUUCCUUUGAUAGUUACAAAAAUCUAUGGAGUUGAAAAAACAAUUAAGACUGGGCUUCCAACAAGGAGAGGAAAUACAUUUGAUACAAAAACUAAAGCUGUGAAUUAA